GUUCAAAAACAUUAAAAAUAGUAAUGUUUCCAAACUUUUGACUGGUAGUGUAUGCCACCCCAAACCACCACAACAGCAGACUAUAUUAUAAAUAAUGGCAAUGCUACCUUAGAUAAUGAUUUAACUAUGUUUUAUUCAUGAUUAGAUGUUAGCAAUAUUAGUACAGAUGAGGAAAAACAAAAGUUUUUUGGGAAAAGGAAGAUCUGGUCAUUACUGAAAUGGAUAUAAUAAAGUUAACAUCAGGAAAGCAUGUGGGCCAGACCAUAUCCCUGGAUGCGUAUUAAAAUUCUGUGCUAAUCAAUCAGCAUCAGUUUUUACAACUAUUUUUAAUCUUUCUUUUAAUCAGGGUGUUGUUCCCACAAGUUUUAAGUCUUCAGUUAGUAUCCCGGUCCCUAAAACCCUUAAAACUCCUGCCUGUCUGAACGAUUAUCGUCACUUCUAUAUAUAGUCAUGAAAUGCUUUGAAAAAUUGUUCAAAACUUAUAUUUGUUCCUCUCUCUCCCAGUGGUCUGGACCCUUUACAGUUUGCAUAUAGUCCUAAUUGGUCUACAGAUGAUGCUAUUAACCACAUUUUACACUAUGCUCUUUCACAUCUGGAUCAGGAAAAUAGCUCUGCUUUUACCAGUGUUGUCCCCUUACACCUCUGCAAAAAGCUUCAAAUUCUAAGGCUGUCGUCCUAUAUUUGUCACUGGAUCUUGGAUUUUUUGAACAGGAUGCUCCCAGGUGGUUAACAUGGAAACUACACCUCCUCUACCCGCACCCUCUACCUCGGAGCCCCUCAAGGCUCUGUCCUCAGUCCCCUGCUUUACUCCCUCUAUACCAGCGACUGCAUGGCUAAACACAGUUCUAACAAACUGGUGAAGUUUGCCGAUGACACAGUGGUGGUAGGCCUCAUUAGGAAGUGGAUGCUCUCUCCACAUGGUGUCAUAUUAAUAAUCUCUCUCUGAAUGUCACUAAGGCUAAGCAGAUGAUGGUCGACUGUGGGAGGAAUCAAGUGAUUACAGCUCUUUGAUGAUUGAUGGGGCCACAGUUGAAAGGAGAAUGUCAGCGAGAGAGGGACUGAGGGCAGACUCGACCCACUUCACUUUAGAGGGAGCACCAUUUCUCAUCCUGGGAGGCUCCAUUCAUUACUUUCGGGUCCCAAAGGCAUACUGGAGAGACCGGCUGCUGAAACUGAAGGCCUGUGGUCUCAAUACUCUCACCACGUAUGUGCCAUGGAAUCUGCAUGAACCAGAAAGAGGAGUUUAUCUGUUUCAGGAGCAGCUGGAUAUGGAGGCGUAUAUUCGUCUUGCAGGCGAAUUAGGCCUCUGGGUGAUUCUGCGUCCAGGACCAUAUAUAUGUGCUGAGUGGGAUUUGGGUGGCUUACCAAGCUGGCUGCUGCAAGAUAAGAAAAUGAAAUUAAGAACGACUUACCCUGGUUUCACAAGUGCUGUGAACUCGUACUUUGAUAAUCUGAUUCCGAGAAUCACACCCCUCCAGUUUAAGAAUGGAGGCCCUAUUAUUGCUGUUCAAGUAGAGAAUGAAUAUGGUUCAUAUGCAAAGGAUGAGCAAUACCUGUCGUUCAUCAAAGAGGCGUUACUGUCCCGGGGAAUCUCUGAGCUUCUUUUGACAUCAGACAACCACGAAGGGUUAAAAUGCGGACGGGUGGAUGGAGUCUUGCAGACAGUGAACCUGCAGAGACUGUCAUUCGGUGAUGUACAGCAUUUAGCAGAAUUGCAGCCAAAGAAGCCGCUGAUGGUGAUGGAGUAUUGGUCUGGGUGGUUUGAUGUCUGGGGAGAACCUCAUCAUGUUUUCGCUGCUCAAGAAAUGAUCUCCAUAGUGCGAGAGCUUCUGGAUCGAGGCAUCUCCAUCAAUUUUUACAUGUUUCAUGGAGGAACCAACUUUGGAUUCAUGAACGGUGCAGCUGACUUUGGCACCUACAAACCACAGACGAGCAGCUACGAUUAUGAUGCUCCUUUGACUGAGAGCGGUGAUUAUACAACCAAGUAUCAUCUCUUGAGGAACCUGCUGAGCACCUACAACAAAGAACCAAUAUCAGAGCCGCCAGCUGUGCAGAGCAGAAGAGCAUAUGAGUCAGUGGUUGUUUCUCAUUACAUUUCUCUAUGGGAGACUCUUCAGUGUGCAGAAACACAUUUCCGAGCUGAUGAUCCUAUCAGCAUGGAGAACCUUCCUGCAAACCACAACAAUGGUCAGUCCUAUGGGUACACGCUCUAUCAGACUGACAUUUAUUCAGGUGGAGAACUCAACUCAAGGAACCAUGUUCAUGACAGAGCUCUAGUGUUUAUUGAUAGAGAACUGAUUGGUGUUUUGGACUACAGAACUCAGAGAGUUAAAAUACCUCACAGUAAGAGUGAGAGGACCUUGAGUUUGCUUGUUGAGAACUGUGGGCGAGUGAACUAUGGUCCAGCUCUGGACAGCCAGCAGAAAGGGCUUAUUGGAGAUAUAACUCUGCAAGAUGUACCCCUAAAAAAAUUCUCCAUGUACUGUUUGGAUAUGAAAACCAGUUUCAUAAACAGACUGCAGUCACAGAAAUGGAUGUCUGUCGGUCAGAAGCCCUCCUACCCUGCGUUUUUCAGGGGAAACCUAGUAGUGGAUCAGCCCACGGAUACUUUUGUGAAGCUGCCGAACUGGAGUAAAGGAGUGGUUUUUGUGAACGGACAAAAUCUUGGACGCCACUGGUCGGUUGGUCCUCAGAAAACUCUCUAUCUCCCCGGUCCCUGGCUCAGGAGUGGCGAUAAUGAGAUUAUUGUUUUUGAGGAACUCAAAGCUGCGGAAACAAUCCAUUUUGCUGAAAAUCCAGAAUAUGGCAAGACAAUCGAAGUAUCAACACAACUGUUUUGCACCCUUAUUUGAAACACACCUGCAGUUUUACAAUGUAGAUCUGAACAUAAAUUACUUGAGGCAAAACACAACAGGUGAAAAUUUUGUAGUAGUAUAUCCCCAUUUGAUUUAUCACAGUACAUAAAGAAAAUUGUUUUGUAUCGCAAGUUUUCUAAAAUGUUAUGUUUAAAUAUGUGAAUGAUGCCUUAUCUAAUGUUGUGCUAAUUUGCAUACAUUUCCAGAACAGAAAUCUAAACAUUGGAUAAAACCAGGUUCAAAAUUCUUGUUUCAUUUUAAGUUUUUUACACAGAUGAUUUUGGAUGUCUCAUAAAUCAGAAAAUACUGUCAACAUCCAAAAAGCCUACAAAAAUCACCAUGUUUUUAUGAAAUGUAUAAAUCAAGCAAAUGUUAAAUGAAUAAAUCCCUCUGUAAACACUUUCAGAAUAUAAAUAGGAAUAAAACUGGAGUGUUUGGUGAAUGUAAGUGAUACUGAAGUGAGAAAACAGCCUUGGAAAGAUAUGCAUUGUAAUUGAAAUCUACAAAUGCAUAUAGAUAUACUUUAUAUUCUUACUACUAACCUUAAUAUUCCUCCAGUACUAGCUGUAUUAACUAAUCAAUCACGGAUCAUACGCAUAAGCACAACAUACAUUAGUUGCAACAGGAUUGUCUAAACACAAUAAGGUGCUAGACAUAAUAAACUUAUAUUUCAGACUUCAAAAUAUAUUUUUUAUUGAUGAGGUUUGCUGACAUUUCACAAGUUUACAAGAAAAUUAAAAAGAUCCUGGAAGAAACGUUUUGUUUUAUGCUUUAUUAUCACUUAUAUGUAUGUGUAACGUGUAACCUGCAGUACAUAAAGGUAAUGCUUCUGUCAAAGUUCAGAGUAAAGGUCAUUUCGGUGUUGAAUGUC